CAGUGGAGGAGAGGAGAACAAGAGAAACUUUUCCUCGCCACAGUUAUAAGGGGUGGACCUUUAUUUUGUAGAGCUCCUUUUGAACAAUAUGUAUUGUGAAAGCAAUAUGCAAAUAAAACUGAAAACCAGUUCUGCAACUGCAACCAAAAAAUCUUACAGUUUGUUAAAUAGCCUCUGUAACUCGUAGGUCUUGUUUGCAGAAACAGAGUGUUCCUUCAUAAAUUAACUUGAUAUGUAAUACUGUGUGCCAACUCUGUUUAAUGAAGGUUUUCAGUGCCGCAUGUUUUUGUAAAAUACUCAAAACUACAAAACAUUUUGCGAACAGUCUCACUGAUAACAACAGUGUGCGUUGAAAUUUUUUAAAGGUUUUUGCACUGUAAAGUAUAUUUGACUUUUCAUAGUUUAGUGAACUUUAUUUGGGUCGUUUUCGAUUUAAAAAAAAUAUUUUUUUAUUACAUACAUUAAUUAUUAGUAUAACAAGUGCCAUCUGUAAUCAUUAAAUUAAGACUAAAUAACAUCUCAAGUACUCAGUGUUUAACUCUCUACCAGGAUUUAAUGUCCUGGUUUUCACCCUCCCUGUUUUGUUAUGAUUAAUGUGACCAACAUUUGUGUCAAACACUCAGCAAACAUUAGUAUCACAAAAGCUUAAACCGAACAAUGUAAACCAGAGCCAGUCUCACAGAGUAACUGACACCUGAAGACGGAAAACAUAAAGAAAACAACACUGAUCUUUGCUGUUCUGAUCAUCAUGAGAAUAAGUUGUGUGAAGAGUUUGUUUCCAGUCUUGUCUGUCGCUGUAGUGUUUCUCUAUAUGAGCUCUGUCAAGUGGGAAAUCCAAACUCAAGAGAAGCAGCUCCACCAAGUCCAGCAGAACUUCUCUUUACACAGCGCACUUCUGCUCAACAAGCUGGACAAACUGGAGGCUCAUUUAAUAGCCGUGGAAGAAAAAAACCUUAAAUUGAGAAAUGAGAAGAAACCAGAGAAGAAAUCACCAAAGAAGCUGUUCCCAAACUCGUACCUUUUCAAGCAAUGGACUGUUGAACUUUCUGAGGAUGACCAGAGGAAGGCUGAGGAUCUCUUUCAGAAAUACGGCUAUAAUGCCUUCCUCAGUGACCAGUUGCCUCUGGACCGGGAGCUGCCGGACACUCGGGACCACAGAUGCAUUGGUCGCGAAUACCCCCACAAUCUGCCCACCCUCAGCGUGGUGCUGAUUUAUCUGGAUGAGGCUCUGUCUGUCAUUCAAAGAGCCAUUUGCAGCAUUAUCAACAGAACUCCAGCCCACCUGCUCAAAGAGAUCAUACUGGUGGACGACCAUAGCACAAAUGAAGAUCUGAAAACACAGCUACAUGUUUAUAUGAGCUCCAUUAAUGAGAAGCACCCAGGCCUGGUAAAGAUGGUGACCCAUUCAGAGCAGAAAGGACUUUCCCAGGCCAGAAUCUCAGGGUGGAAGGCUGCCACUGGGGAUGUGCUUGCCAUUUUGGAUGCCCACAUUGAGGUCCAGGUCAAAUGGGCGGAGCCUCUGCUUGCACGUAUCCAGGCUGACCGUACGCUGGUCCUGAGCCCUGUGUUUGAUAGAAUCAAUUACUAUGACUUGCAAGUGACAAAGUAUGCAACCUCUGCUCAUGGUUUUGACUGGGCUCUCUGGUGCGCGUACGUGGGAUUCCCACAGAAGUGGUACGAUCAAAACGAUCCUUCACAGCCAGGAAAGAGUCCCUCUGUGAUGGGAAUUCUUGUGGUUGAUCGUCUGUUCUUCGGUGAGAUUGGGACUCUGGAUGGAGGGAUGGAGGUGUACGGAGGAGAGAAUGUUGAAUUAGGAAUACGGGUGUGGCUGUGUGGAGGAAGUAUAGAGAUUGUGCCCUGCUCUAAAAUUGCUCACAUCGAAAGGGCACACAAACCCUACAUAACUGAUCUUAGCAAUGUAAUGAAGAGAAAUGCCCUCAGAGUCGCAGAAGUUUGGAUGGAUGAAUACAAAAUAAAUGUGAACAUCGCCUGGGGUCUUCCCAUAAAGAACCAUGGGAUAGACAUUGGCGAUGUAUCGGAGAGAAAGAAACUGAGAGAGAAGCUAAACUGCAAACCAUUUAAAUGGUAUCUGGAAAAUGUCUAUCCUCAGUUAAAUCCCAUUAAUUUAUUAGGUUACGGAGUGCUGAUUAAUGAUCUGCAAACAAGUUUAUGUUUGGAUAAGGGGCCACUUGAGGAGAACACUCCCAUUUUAUAUCCAUGUCAUUUCAUGGGAUCACAGAUGUUUUAUUAUAAAGCAAGUGGUGAGAUAUUUGCGCAUCCCCUUCAGUCUUUUAAACACAAAAGGAACCGCUGUCUAAUUGAUCCCGGCUCAGGCAGGUUUCCAGAGCUGUCCUGGUGUUCAGACACUGAAAAACAAAAGCACAUGUACUGGGACUUCAAACAGGGACAGGCCAUACAGAACAGAGAAACCAAACGCUGUCUGGAGAUCAGCGCUGAUCAGACAGGAAAGUAUAAAAGAAACGUUUUUCUUCAGGACUGCAGAAACCACACUGGAAGAUACAGAAUGUAAUUCAGGACUUUUGAAAUACAAGAUAUAAUCAGUUUAUAUAAACACAGCUGAGAUUCUGGAGUGUUAGUGGUAAAAAUGUGAAUGCAACUAUUAACAGAAAAAGACUGUGUGAAAAAUUGUUUUGUGUUUCAAUUUAAUCUACCCUUUUCCUAAUAGCCAGCUAAAGGCCAUGUUGUCACAGAAUGCCAGUGUUUAUUAAAAGAAUAAUUCAUCCAAUAAUUACAAUUCUCUCAUCAUUUACUAAGCAGAAUGUCCAGACUGUUGUGUUCCAUACAGCAAAAUUAAAUUCGGUGAAAAUCUUGACUUCCAUCAUAUAGCACUCCUGGAGCAUUUCAAAUCUGUCUGAAGUUUUUUAAUGUAAAUAUAGAUUCACAUCUAGGCUUUAUCCUUUUUGUGAAAUGUAUGUUAAAUUUAAUGAAGAAUGCGAAUCAACAUUGAGGCAUCACUGUCACAGUGACUAAGCAUCAGUGAUGCUACACCAUUACAAAAUCAAGUAUGACAAGACCAAUGACAGAAUAACAGAAAACAGAGGAAGGAAAACUCAUUUACAGGUGCUUCUCAAAAAAUUAGA